GCCGGUAAACGUGUUGCCCUGUAGUCUGUAACACGUCUGCCGUCUGUAAAUAAAGGUUAAGUGGAGAUAAUGUUGCAUAACAUAGUGUUGUUAUGCUUGUGGAUCCUACAUUUUCAUAAUGUAAGGGCUAAAACUUGGGAAGGCUGCACGGAUCUCCGCGGGCGCGUGAUUUCUCACGGCCUUCAUUAUGUGCCCGGCCCGGAUAUCUGCACACUUUGUGUCUGCGACAGUGGACUGCCCAAAGUGUGCAAGUCAGUCAUGUGCUCACCACCGAAGGACUGUAAGUCUUUUCGGAUGGGCGACACAUGCUGUGAGUUCAUAUGCCUGGAUGACAUAAUGAAGCCUGUAGACAGUACGGCGGCUAACAUCAGUGUGACAGAUACGAGGGCUCGAGGUUGCACGGAUCUUCGUGGGCGCGUGAUUUCUCACGGUCUACAUUACGUGCCCGGCCCUGAUAUCUGCAAAAUAUGCGUCUGCGACAAUGGGAUGCCCAAAGUGUGUAAGUCGGCCCUGUGCUCACCACCAAAGGACUGUAAGUCUUUUCGGAUGGGCGACACAUGCUGUGAGUUCAUAUGCCUGGAUGACAUAGUGAAGCCUAUAGACAGUACGGAGGCUAACAUCAGGGUGGCAGAUGCGAGGGCUCAAGGUUGCACGGAUCUCCGCGGGCACGUGAUUUCUCACGGUCUGCAUUACGUGCCCGGCCCAGAUAUUUGCACAAAAUGCGUCUGCGACAGUGGAAGGCCCAAAUUGUGUUAUUCGGACCUGUGCACACUACCAAAGGAUUGUAAGACUUUUCGGAUGGGUGACACAUGCUGUGAGUUCAUAUGCCUGGAUGACAUAGUGAAGUCUGUAGACAGUACGGAGGCUAACAUCAGGGUGGCAGCCGGAGGAGCGGCCUCUGUCAACUAAAAAAGAAGAAUGAAAGUCAA